UACGGAUGAGCAUAUCAUCCAAAGCGUUCCGAAAUAUAGAAAUCGGCUAUUUUUAGUAACUUGAUAAAUACUGGGGUUUUCCAAAGUCGUGUUAAAGAAAAUUGAAGGUAAGGGAAGCUAACAUAUUGAGGCUACACACAACAAAACUUCAGUGAUUGGGGACACACACAACCAAAGUAUAGAUUUUUAGACCAAUCAGUCAAAAUGGAGGCUGCUCAAAGGCAAGCUAUUAGAAAGUGCCGUGUACGUCUUGUCAAUGACAUACAGAUUGAAUAUAUGUUUGACUCCAUCGAAAGUCAUGGUCUAUUUACACCAAUCAUGUUGGAAUGUAUAAAGGCAAAAGAAUCACGCCCGGAGAAGGUUCGUACCUUCUUGGAUUAUCUUCAGCGUAGAGGACCAGGUGCCUUUGACCAGUUUAUUCAAUGUUGUAGAGAGUCUGAACAAGCUGAUGUAGCCAGCUAUGUCUUGCAGGAAUACCAGACUAUUAAAGAUAAUACAGCACAGAACAGUUCAAACAAUUCAAAAGGGGUUUCAAUGGCGAAUAACAUUUAUUUAACUCAAGAGACACAAAGGUCGUCUCAAGGUCAAAUGGAAACCCAAGGAUCAUCUGAAAUGUCAGUGAUGGAGACUCAGGGGUCUUCUCAAAUAUCAACUUCAGUCAUGGAGACCCAGGGCCCAUCUCAAUGUGUACCCUCAAGUUCAGCUUCUGUGCCACAGGGAAUAAAUGAGGUGGAUAGAAGAGAGGAAGAAAUGCAGGAGGAUAAUGAGGGAGAUGCAGUCAUGGAUGAACAGCCAAGUUAUCAAGGUAGUGAAUCAAGAAUUCCUGGUUCAACAUCUAGAGGAACAUGUUCUGCAAGCUCUAUACCACAACCAAGUCUCUCUGUUGGACAUUUAUCAUCUUCAGUAGGAACUGUUGGUUACACAGGCAAUCUUACAGAGGAGUAUAAAAUGGACACAGAUCCAAGAGGGUUUUUAUUGAUUAUUAACAAUCGAGACUUUCAGCGAGGUCUCUCUACUCGGGAUGGAACCGAUAUUGACUGCGGAAAAUUGAGGAAACUUUUCUUGUCGUUGGGCUUUGGGGUUGAUGUUAGACAAAACCUGACUGCACUUGAGAUGAAACAAACAUUACAUAUGUUAUCCCAGCACAGUCAGUUAGAUCAAGUUGAUAGCUUAGCUAUUGCACUAUUGACACACGGGACUGAGGAUGUUUUAUAUGGAGUGGAUGCACAGCAUAUUACUGUCCAUGAAGCUUUCAUGCCAUUUACUGCUGAAAAAUGUCCAGCUUUACACCACAAGCCAAAGCUUUUUAUUAUCAAUGCUUGCAGGGGAGAUGCAGAGGACAAGGGAAGUUUGACCUUCAGACAUGUUGACACAACCAGUACAAGUCAAGAUAUAAGUGCCGUACCAUCACAAUCAUUGGCCUGUAACUUUGAGGACCAAUAUGGGACCAAUACUGUGUCAUAUGAUGUACAGUCUAUUCCCCCCGUACCAAGAAACGCAGGCCGUAUUCCUAACAUGAAAGAUUUUCUUGUUGCCUUCUCCACCAUUCCAGGUCAUGUUAGUUGGAGACAUUUAAAUGAUGGGAGUUUCUUUAUCCAAGGAUUUGUAAAGGUGUUUGAAGAGUAUGCUCACAAGUCAGAUGUCAUGAGCAUGCUGGUCAAAGUAAAUAAUGAGGUAUCUAAAAAUAUCAACCAUCAGGGUGUACAGAUCCCCGCCCCACAAGUCAUGCUGACAAAGGUGUGGCACCUCAACCCAAAGACGAAAGAUUUUAUUUAGGAGAUGGGAAGCUCAAAUAUUUCUAACAAGACACUGUAUAUGUAAGGCUGGACCUCUAUACAUAUAUGAAAAUCCUUUGAACAAAAA